AUGGCGAACUGGAAAGAACUGGGCGAGGUCCCAGACUCGGACGACGAACAGGACUUCGAUAGCCAGGAAUUCGAGGGAACCCAUCAACAUGUCAACCUUCCCAUGAACAAACCCGAUGAAGCCUUGCAGUCGACGCAAGCCCCCGAAGACAGUGUGUGGGAUGUCCCCCCCUCCUCCCAAGCAAAGGCAGAUGCAACUGCGAAGACAAUACCCCCGAUCUCGAGCCCAGAGGAAACUAGACCUCCUGCAGACGAACCCGCCUCUUCGCCCCUUUCCUCGGCGCAAGAUGUGGACGAUCUCGCGGAUAUUUUCGACUUGGAGGACCUGCCAGCUGCGGCCCCUCCGCCGACGAGGCAUAUGUAUACAGUUGGCGGCCGAGACGAGUCCCCAGAUCCUCUCGGAGGUGACGACAGCAUAUCUACGAGCUAUGUCAAGAUCACAGCCCCUCCUCCUGCGUUUCCCCGCGAGAACGAUACCCGAAGCCUGUCACCCCCUACAGCUCUGAUGGCAAGUCCACCCAGGAUGCCAUCUAGCUCGCUGAGGAGAGGACGAAGUCCAGCACAAAAUGUUCAAGGCCUUCCCAGGAGUCAGCAGAGCCCACCAUCGAGCCCGCAGCGUUCACGAACGAGUCCAGAAGCUCCACGAAUGCAUCAACAGAGUCCAUGGACAAGUCCAGAAAGUCUGCCGAGAAACCGACUAUCCUCUUUGAGCAUCAGACAGAGAGACUCGGACACGAGCAGGGACGAACAAAUUGCGAGGGAAACUGCCGCCCAGCAUGCCCGCUCCUUCAGGCCGCGAAAGCCGAUCCAGCAACACCCAUAUUUGAUCGAAAAUGCACAAUACAGCAAAGUCUUCAAGUCCCACGGAUUACGGCCUGUAAGGAUGCCAAAUGAGCCGGCCGCCAGGCGACAGAGAGCCGAUGAGGAUUCUCAGGAGAAGGAUUUCGAGGCCAGCCAAGAGAGCGUAGCGGAUGGACAGAACGAGACAACGGACGAGAGUCAGUCUCAUGGAUUGGAGGAACCGUUGAGUCACGACAUAUUGCGAAUGUCACUGUCGCCGUCUCCUUCUCCGCUUCGAACCUCAUCACCCAAGCAUAAAGGUGGUCCGAGCAGUCAACCGAGCCAGGAUGGAGAAACGGAUAAUACCAGCUUGUCCGACAACGGAGAUCUUCCCUCGAUUGACGAGAUUUUCCGCAAAUCGACGACAGCACAGAGUAAAAAGAGAAGAAGGCUUAUGGGCACAGGCGUUGCCAGGUCUCAACCGGGGAAGGAGGUGGCCACGACCGAGCAGCCGCCUUCAGGUCCGAUAUUUCAGACGUAUGAUGAGAUCUACGGCGUCCUCUCCUCUUCUCCUUUACCUCCACAGCUACCGAAUGCCCCCAUCGAUUUAGGAGCCGGCUCUAUCCCACCGCCUGGAACGGACCUUGCCCAAGUCCUCUUUGACGAUGACGACGACGAUGAUCCUUUCCGGUCACCGUCGCCGCUAAGACAAACGUCAGCUCCUGCAAAUCAUGAAGUUGUCGAUAUCACAAUGGCCGACGUUUCUGCCGCAGAGGACGAUCAACAUGAUUCCGGUGACUUUGCUGCUAUGUCUGCACCAGAAUCCGAGGAUGGCGCUGUCAGUGGUCCAGAGAGCGAAUCGGAAGCCCUCAGAAACGUUGGUCGGAGAAUCCGAGGCGUUCUUCCGGCGUCAUGGCUUAGACUUGACCAACAAGCAAGCCGCCCGAAGCCCGCACAACAGCAUCACCGCGAGCCAUCGCCUGAAAUGACGCAGAGACGUGGGGUUGCCGUCCGGCGUAUCGGUCGCUCGAUGUCUACAACAGCGGCGUCGUUCAUUUUUGAUGACUCGGAUGAAGAACCGGCAUCUGUGUCACGGCCUUCUGGAACCGCUCAGGUCAACGUUGAUACGAUGUCCCCGCAACGACGUAGACCACCGAUCAUUGAACUUGAUGACGGGGACUCUUCUGCUAUGGAAGAUAACGGAGUUGAUCAGAUGGCUCCGAGCCGAAAACGCCAGAUGACUCUCAAGGAGUCCUUCCGUCCAGCAAAGAGACUCAAGAAAAGCAAAUCGACUUCAAAUGCUCAGCCAAAGAAACGCGGAAGGCCUCCAAAAAGCGCAAGCCGAUCCACCACAACACCUCGUCUGGAUCCCUGGGUAACCACUCAGAAAUCAGCGCCUGGUGCACCUCAAGCUAUCGCUAGGGCAAAGACACCCCCGCGCUUGAGUAUUCUGGAUGUCAUUGAGUCAGAUGCGCCGCAGUUCUUGAAGAUUGCGGCGCGGGCAGCUCAGAGCAAACGCAAUCUGGGAAGGUCAAGCCCGAGGAACAAGACAAUUCGUCUAGCAACAAGGAAGGACAAUGUCGAUGCUGGGACAGUGUUGCAAAAGUGGAAAGGAAAUAAAAUACAGCCUCGCCAGGGCCUGCAACGCAAAAGGAGCACCCGAACCAAAUCCACUGCGCGAAAUCCACUCGCUCAGCUUUCGACGAAUGUCUUUUCGCAGGCUCCGGCAGCUUCCCCCAAGAGUCGGACGGUCACCCAGCCUGCAAGAGCGAUAGAAGACAAUGACCAAGUUGCGACCCCAUCCCUUAGUGCUCGGCGGCCGCAACGGCCACUCUCGCGGCAAAGUUCAUUCGCUAGCCAACAACCCCAUGGCGCCACGAAUAGACCAGCGCAGCUUGAGACCGAUCUGGCAGAACAACCGGGCAGGAUUGCUUUCCAAGCGAGGAAAAGGGCACUUGAUGCCCUCUUUCGUCGAAGUCGUUCACAGUCGCUAUCCGCCCGAAGUAUGCAUUUGGACUCUGUCAUUGACGAUGCAUGCUCCGUUGUCUCAGAGCGGGUCACUGCAGCCAGAGGAUCCCCCGAGCCGUCGGUUGCCGAGAAGCAUCGCCCCAAACGUUCAAGGAAAGCUGUCCCGCCCGUUCGAAUCGAUGUCGCCGCUGCCCAAUUUCGUUACGCAAAUGAUCCUUUGCCCACGACUGAAGUGUCCACCCCAGCAGAGGCGCCCAGAACUACGCAUGCUGAUAACCAACUGCUUGGCCUCGGCCCCUUUGGUACCCACUACACGCAGCACUUUGACACAUUCCCACUCGAUCGUGGAGUGUUCUUCCACGAGAGUACUCUCAUAGGAAGCGGCAAGGUUGAUUCCGCAGUUGAUGAACGGUUUCCAGACAAGCUCUGGGAGUCUCGGCCUCGAGUAUCGUUCCAUCUGGGAGAACAGUUUCUUCGCUGGGACAUCUGGACUGAGCAGGUUUCGUCGGAAUUCGGCAUUUUGAUGGAUGGAAUGCUCGAUCAAGUCCUGAAGCCUGUGCUUACAGCAGAAGCUGGCUUCAACGCGAAAGAUGCAGCGCAUUUUGUUCUGGACUACGUUCUCAAGUCAAUGAGCUUCACCGACGACAAUGGCGCUCACUCUUUUGUCACACGUCUAGGCGAUGUGACCGGAGCUUUCUUGUCUCGCCUGGAUUCCGAGUUGUCUCUAGACUCAGACCGACGUUUAGAGCUGACGGACGUACUUUCAAACCUGCUGCUCAUCAUCUCUUCUGCAGUUCGUCUUUGCCAGAACCGUGCCUCGCUGAUCUCGGAAACUUUCACAUUGGAGAAUCUCCUCAGGAAAGCUGCCGAAGCACUAGUCAGCAGCCUUCUAACGUCUGGACUGGACGAGGUCACCAAUCUUUAUGAUGACCUUCAAACGUUGAGGUAUCGUGAGCGUGGUAUACGCUCUGACAAGGUUGUUCCACACGCCUGGGUAGUCUUGAUGAGGGUCUUGGAAAGUCUUCGGAUACCGAGGAUGAAUUUUUGGGACGUCACGUUCCCUCGUCUUAUCAAGCCGGCUAUCAUUCGAGGGUCGGAUGCACAAGAAUUCGAGUGUUUAUGGAAGGACAUGUUCACUCUUUUGCCGCUGUGCGAAUUCGAUAAUCUGGGCGUUCUCAUUGCCGACAAGAGACAUCACACCCCGGUGGAAGGUUGGAGCCUUCCUCAGCAAGUCUUGAAGCGCGUCUUUCAGCUAUACCGCGACAACCCCCGUCAAUCUCCAAGCUUCAAUGACUAUUGCCGAACGCUGGUGGCCAGAUGUCACUAUCUGGUGGAACAAUGGGGAUGGAAGAAAUGCAGUGGCAUCAUUGGCACAAUUUUCGACUUCUUCGGUUCUCAAAAUCUGUCUCAUUUGCGAAACGAAGAGGCAUUUCGCUCUGCUCGAUUUUUAGACAACCUCCACACUAGUCCGUCGUUGAAGGUUGAAGCAGAGGAUCGCUGCUUCCACAUUUUCCUCAAAUUGGUGGCGUUGGUCAUCAAGAAGCUGAGGAAGAAGGACAUGGUCAACGACAUUCGGAACCUGGUGACUCGCACUCUUCCCAAUCACGACCGACAAUAUUCGAAGGAACAGGACGUUCACGCACAUGAUUUGGCUGCUCUCAGGAACCACCACGAUCUUCUUUGCACCUUGUUCUGGGCCGCGCCGCCCGAUCUUCGGCCUCCUAUUCACAACCUGCAGAAGCUCGUCAUCCCCGCUAGCUCUCACAAGGAAGCUUGUUUGAUCAACCUGCGGGCCUGGAACCAACUCGCACGAUUCGUGGUACACGAAGAGUCCUCUCUGUCAUUCCUUCCCCUGGCCAACUGGCAAGCAGACGUGUUCAAGCAGUUGGUUGACCAGUACAAUUCCGCUGCAGCUGAUAUGCAACGACAAUUCUUGGCAAUGCCGAAAGAUGCGACAAACAGAAUCAGCGAAAGUUUCAUGAACGCAAUCGUAGAAAAGAACAAGGCUGCUACUAUGGAGAUCAUGCUUUUCUCUGUUAAGUCAUCCAUGGACGUCGUGCAAUACGCAAACAGCUUGGAGCUAUCAAGACUUGCCUCAAGUACUGUCCAAUUGCAACACGUCUUCCAGCACUUUUCCGCCCUCCCUGCAGACUUCCCGUCGGCACUUCUGCAAGCCUCCCUGACGACCCUCGAACGACUCAUUGUACGGAUUGAGACAGUCUUCAACGAAGACGGGGACAGCCAAGACAGCAUGGUGGGCGUGGAGUCGGAAGAAGCCAUCCUAAUGCUCGAGCGAGAGCUGGCCGCUGGGUUCUUCUCCAUGUCACGUUGUAUUUUGGCCAACCAAGCCAACAGAGGCAAACCCUUGGUCAAGUCUGUCUCAAGUGCCUGCGUUGAGCAAUGCGUUGUUUUAUCUGGCAUGAUGUCUAGCCUGUUUGUCCGCUGUCGAAUGAUGCAAUACUCUCAAAUCUUCAAACGCAACCAUAGAUUCGGUCUCUUCGACAACAUGCCUCAUAAGCUCAGCUUGGAACAACGACCAUACCUUCCGCUUUUUCUCUCGACCGUCAUGCAGAGGCCGGGGAAUGUGAAGCUAGACGACAUGGGUAUCGAUCUCCUCCAUCUGUGGUUACUGAUUAUUGUUCAACCAAACCACUGCUUGAGAUUCGAGAAUCAGCUUGGCCAGCAAAUGCAACGCCAGGGAUUUCCAUAUGUUCCCAAUAGGACACUAGGGUUUGUUGCCAAUCCAGGUUACAUGUCUAAUCGCGACUUCUUCGAGUACGCAAUGAAAUGGAUGCGGCAGUCCCUGCAGACAAUGAAUGCUGCCGAAAAGAAGAAAGAACUAUCCAACUUCUCAAAGGCAUUGGACAAUGCCAUGCAGCAAAUGCGAGCCGAUCUUCAAGUCACGGCCAACGACUCAACAAAUGAUUCGGCAGAGCAUUCAACCUAUGUCAGAUUUGUUCGCAACAUCAUAUCCCUCAUCACAACCUACGGCACGGAUAUCUGCAAAGUGCCCCCUUUCUUCAAGGAGGUGAGCAAGGUGUACUCCCCCCCUGCUGAGGACCCUGAGCUGCAAGUGGCGAAAAUCUUGUCUUAUGGGCUGAAGCUUGCGGAGGGCAACACUGGAAUCGCCAGCAGCCUGUUUUAUCUCUUGCUCAACAACUUCAAGAAAGCCCUCCAGCUGGGCAGAUUGCCACAACAAGUGCUGCUGCUGAAGACAGCUAUGCAGAGCGACGCCGUAGUAGCCUUUACCCUCAGAAUGCUUUCUGCAGUUCUGCAUGCUACGAAGUCUAGCCCUGAAGCUUACGCUCUGCUGGAUGUAUUCUGCGAUGCUCUAGAGCUGGAGUGGAAUGGUUCAGUCGUUGCUCGCCAACUAAACGAUGAUGUGCUGACCGCCAUGUCUACUCUCAUCACAUCUACGCUUGACUGGGCGACUGGUUUGAGAGGCACCCCCGUCAGCGCAGAGCACAUUCACGCGUUGAGGAAAAUCGUUUGGCUCGUCAACACCCUUCAGCCAACAUUCGAGUCCUAUUCCUUGAAGCAAGGUGAGGUGAAGUGGUGGGAUGAAGUCAUGGAACAACUUGAUUGGUUCAGCGUCCUCGUCAACGGAGCCGAAGAAUAUCUGGAUACUCAACUUGAGAGAUCACAGGUUCCGCCUCUAUCUCCCUCAGGCCUCUUCCGGCGCCUGAGAGAGGCUAAGAAUUUCAAGAUUCAAGAUGCCAUGGUUCUUGAAUGGUCUCGAGUUAUUGUAGAUGACGUACAGAGGAACUGGGUGGUCAAGGGCCCGGUGUGGACGGUUCCAGGAAGUACUUGCGACAACACUUCGACGCAACCCGCACAUGGCACGAUCAAACUUGACUGGGACAUUCAGGAGCUUGUCAUUACUUUGCAUGACCAACUUCGCAUAUGGAGCCAAUGGUGGACUUGGGGAAAGAAGGAGUUCGGAGCCCAAGGAGGAUUUGAUUUUGAAGAUUUCGCAUUGCGGAAAGGCCCGUCCGAAGGCGGUGCAGACGACGGAAAGCCACCAGAAAAACCCGCGAGCGAGCAGGAUGACGGCAGCGGUAGAGAUCAGGACGGUGUGAAGACCGAACAGCCCACGAAUGAGUCGGCUUUCCGCAGAUCGAGAGGCGGCGCGUUUGCAUCUGCUCGAGCGCGGCUUUCGAGGCCGAGAGCGGCGGACGAGCUUCCGCCCGUGAAGCUGCCGCAGAGUUUCCUCGACAGCAACGUGUCGCUCUACGACCCCGAAAACCGAAUUAACACCCUCACGAACGACCUUUGGCACCACCGGUACAUGGGCGCCCGCUGGCACGACCUGCUAUGGAAGGACUUGGAUCUAGUGUUCAGCCAGGCUUCAUGGAGCGAAACGAGGCUGCAGGAUGCGUUGCGCAACUUGCGCGAGGGCAAUACCGAGGCUGUUGAGAGGCGGAACAGGAUACUUGCUGAAGCAUCGCAGUGGCUGAGCCUUUCUAUUGACGAGAUGCGGUCUUCAAACAACUUGCAAAGCUCCCGAGAGCCGCUUCCCACGACGGACUUCGCCGAUAUGCUUCGCUACUCUAACAAGUUUGUUUUGUCGAACCUUCUGUCGCAACACACGAGAGACACAAUAAACAGCGAUCCCAUACAGGAGCAGACAGCGGAUCAGGAUGCUGUACUCCAGACGCUUGUCGAGCAGUAUAUCGAGGAGGGACGACCGCUACCAAAACGUGACGGUCUGCGCUUGUUUGAUCCUAGGAUUCGGGGUGAGAUCGUCACGGCGGUGCGCGCCGAGCUUGCGCUGCAACCAACAACGGACAUGCUGGGUAGGGAACUCAAGAGGCCUCUUACGGUCGUUCACAUCCCGAAUUAUACUGGUCGGAGCCAUACGAGGAAACUCAUGAAGCAUGUUGCUUCGUGCGUAGAAGCGGACAUCAUCCAUCUUGAUGCGCAGGAGCUGGGCAUGCUCGUGGGUGACUACAUCGGCCAGGACUGCGCAUACUCCAGAGGCCCCAUCUCCAUGAUGGGAUACCGCGCGGCAGAGAUGAACGGCCGCUUGGCGAAAUCGGAGGAGCCUGCCAAGCCGAACGAUGAAGAUGUGGCUGGUGAAAUUGAGGCUGCGUGGGUUCAUAUUAACCAACAAGAAGGAGGAAACGGCUUCAACAACCCCAUGGAGGAUGAGCUUCAGAAGAUCAAGGAGGGCGCAAAGGAUUACAUGCUUCCCUCCGUCGACCGCUGGGAGAACCUCAAGAUCAAUGCUGCUCUUGAGGAGAUCGCCAACGCGACGACAAAGACGUCUUCGCAACCGGAUCGCAACCUGAUCAUCCAUGUUGAUGACUUUGUUGAGCUCAAUAUGACUCUUGAGGGGGCUCUCAUCCUCGGCAGACUGCGUUCCAUCGUUGACACAAUGUGGCGGUCUGGCAGGAGAGUGACGCUCGUCGGCACCUCCUCCAACGAGAACCCAUCGGAGCAGUACGCCACAGCACUGAAGGAUAUUGCUGCCGAGGAAUGCCUCGUUCCGCUCCCCCUGAACUUUCAGCGCAUCACCAACGCAAGCAACACGAAGAAGAUCUACGAGGCAAACGACUACCUCCAAGAAAACCUGCGCAACAUCCAACACAUGCUUCGCACCAUCGCCGGGUCCUCCCCGGACACUUCCAAACUUCGCAUCGUCGGCGUCUCUAAGUCGCACCCACCACAGUUCCUUCUCGACGACGCAGAGGGCUCUUACAUGGAAGUCUCUCUCAUCCCCCGCGUUCUCGCCACCUCCGUGCUCCCCCUUCCGGACGUCUACCACAUCACCCGCCUCUUCUACGCCUGCCAGGGCUCCGUCUCCCCAGACCAGUCCUGGCGCGUUCUUUUCGACGUCGUGGAGUCGAGCUCCUACAGCACCGCCCAACUGCACCGCGUCCAGGACAAACCAACCCGCUCCAAACCCUCUCUUCCCUCUUCAUCAUCCGCCGACUCCACUCGCGCCGAGCCCGAACGUCUUCGUGCAUCCGGCAGCUACAACGACUACGAGAAGAAGCUCUUGGCAGGCCUAGUCAACUCCAAUGAGAUCAAGACGACCUUUGAUGAUGUCCACGCCGACCCGGAGACCAAGUCCGCCCUCAAGCUCCUCACAUCCCUCUCCCUGAUCAGGCCCGAAGCCUUCACCUAUGGCGUUCUCGCCACCGACAGGAUCCCUGGCUGCCUUCUCUACGGACCCCCUGGUACCGGCAAGACUCUCUUGGCAAAGGCUGUCGCUAAGGAGUCUGGCGCGAACAUGCUUGAGGUUUCGGGCGCAAGCAUCAACGACAUGUAUGUCGGCCAGUCUGAGAAGAACGUCCGCGCCCUCUUCUCCCUGGCCAAGAAGCUCUCGCCGCUGGUCAUCUUCAUCGACGAGGCCGACGCCCUGCUCGCCGCCCGCGGCCAACGCAACCGCGCCGCCCAUCGUGAGACCAUCAACCAGUUCCUCCGCGAGUGGGACGGCAUGAACGACACAAAGGCCUUCAUCAUGGUCGCCACGAACCGCCCCUUCGACCUCGACGAUGCCGUCCUCCGCCGUCUGCCCCGCAAGAUCCUCGUCGACCUCCCCCUCAAGCAGGACCGCGCCUCGAUCCUGCGCAUCCUGCUCAAGGGCGAGGACCUCGACGACUCCGUCUCCAUCGACGACGUCGCGCGCCAGACGGUCCUCUACUCCGGCUCCGACCUCAAGAACCUCUGCGUCGCCGCCGCCAUGACCGCCGUGCAGGAGGAGUCCGAGGAGGCUGCCAAGCACACCGGCCCGGAGCCCUACGUCUUCCCCUCCAAGCGCACGCUGAGGAAACAUCACUUUGACAAGGCGCUGAAGAUGAUCGCCGCCAGCGUCAGCGAGGACAUGGACAGUCUCAAGAGCAUACGCCGCUUCGACGAGAAGUACGGCGACGUGCGGUCCAAGAACAGCCAGAAGCGCAAGGGUAUGGGUUUCGGCGUCAUCCCGACGCCGAGCGAUGCGGAGGAGGCUAGGGUACGGCAGGCUGUUGCAGUGUAA